AUGGCGGCAUCAUCAGAAGUUAUUGAUCCGUAUAUUGUAGUAGCACUGAAAUUGCUUCAUUCAUCUGCACCUGAUUCUGCUGAAAAGUUAAGAACAAUGCUUGAUAAUGAAAUUUCAAAAACGUAUGAUGAUAAAAGUAAACUUAUAAGUAGUUUGCUAACAAAGAAACAAUUGAAUGAUGAGAAAAGUGCUCCAGGAUCAGGUUUCAAGAAGCAUAAACCCAAAAAGCCAGAAGAAGUAAAAGUAAUUUCUGCUCCAACACCAGAAGUUAUUCCAAUUCCUGAUGACGAUAGCGAAUCUGCUGACAGUGAUUUAAUGGAUCUUACUGACUUGACGUGUGUCACUUGUCAAGCAAUGGACAGCAGUGCUAACAAUCAACUAUUUGAGUGCGUUGAAUGUCACUCUCUCCAUCAUCAAUUAUGUCAUGUUCCAAAGAUUUCGAAUGAAACAAAUUUAACUUCAUGGGUUUGUUCGGCAUGCCUGCCGAAAGAGAAAAAAGAGAAGGAAGGAUCAACUAAAAGCACAAAAUCUUAUGACAGUUCAUCAAGCUCUAGCAGCAGCAACAAAAAAGGUCUCACUAUUGUCACUACUCCAACACCAACUCCCGAAAAGAAGAAAACUGAAGUCGUAAAGAAAAAAGGGAGAGAAUCUUCAUCAUCAUCAAGAUCUCGUUCAAGCAAACGAUAA